AUGAAACAAGAUGGUAAAAACUUCCACAAUCGUCUGAAAAUGACAGCUGCUCAAAGAAUUAACUAUCCAACAAUAACAAAAUGUGACCUAUGGAAAGAAAACUACUUUGGGAAAGAUAUACACGAUCCAUAUAGAUGGUUGGAAGAUGAAUAUUCCAAAGAAACUAAUGAAUUCCUUAAAUUUCAAAUGAAACUAACUGAAACCUUUUUGAAAAAGUGUCCAUACACAGAGGAAUUUCGGAGUUAUUUACAGUCAAUGUGUGAAUUUGAUCAAUGCACUUGUCCAAUUAUUCGUGGGAUAAAUUAUUUCUAUUGUUUUAAACCUCCACAUUUGAAUUAUGCUGUUCUUGAAGUAAUACGAGAGAAAACAAAUUUUCCAGAAAUUGUAUUGGAUCCUACAUGUAUCGGUUUAGAGAAUUCAGAAAAAGUAACAGCUUUUAAUAUCUCUGAUUGUGGAACUUAUCUAUGCUAUGAAGUUGUUAAUUCAUGUGUUGGCUGGUACAAACUGAAUUUUAGGAAUAUUAAAACAGAUAGUGAACUGCCUGACUGUAUCAAAUUAUUUACAAAAACUUCUAUGACAUGGUCUACAGACAAUAAAGGGAUUUAUUACAUUUAUUGUAUACCAACAAAUCCACCUGAAGAACAAAUUCACCGUUUAAUGCAAAAAUAUUUACUGUAUAUAUAUUAUCAUAAGUUGGGUGAUGAACAGUCAAAGGACAGAGUACUUUGGAGUUGUGAAAUGUCUGCACCGAAUCUUAUGUUCUGUGAACUGAAUGAAAGUGGACGUUAUUUGUUAGUUAGCCUAUUCAAUGGUAAUGGGACUCAAAACAAGUUGGUUUUUGGUGACCUUCAGCAUGAACGCGUAAAAACAAAAGGUCGUCUAAAAAUGGUCCCAAUUGUGGAUGAGUUCGAUGCCUAUUACAAAUUUCUUGGCAGUACUGCAACUCAUUUUUAUAUAAUGACUAAUAUGGGUGCACCAUUCAAUAAGAUAAUCAAAGUUGAUAUCAAAGAUCCUGAAUGGUCAAGUUGGAUAGAUUUGAUCCCUCAUAAUCCAAAAAGUAAAAUCGAGCAUGCUGUUUGUGUCGGUCAGAGAUACUUGGCAAUUUGUCGUCUAGAAAAUGUCAAAAGCUUUAUUUCAAUUCAUGAAUGGAGUACCGGGGCACGACUACGUAAGAUUUCAGUUCCCAUUGGUAGAAUAUAUUCCAUGUCAGGACAUCACACGAGUACAAAGAUUUUGUCAGAUAAUAGGAAACUUGAGGUAUUUCGUAAAUCUGAACCAAUGGAACUAAAAGGCAGUGAAUUUGAAAUUAAGCAAGUGUUUUAUGAAGCCAACGACUCAACAGCUAUUCCAAUGUUUAUAUUUCAUCAAAAGGAUCUUAUCAUAACUGGUAAAAAUCCAUGUAAAUUAACUGCGUUUGGUGGAUUUGGUUUAAUAAACCAGCCAUAUUACUCUGCUAGUGAUUUAUUAUUUGUUGAACGAUUCAAAGGAAUAUUUGUAUUGGCUAAUAUACGCGGUGGAGGUGAAUAUGGCAAGCAAUGGCAUAGAAAAGCAAGUGGAAUUACGAAAUCAUUGGCUGUUGAUGAUAUUAUUGCAGCAGCAGAAUAUUUAAUUCACAAAAAAUACACUAAUUCAAACAAUCUUAUCCUACAAGGCAAUGAAAACGGUGGCUUAUUGGUAGCAUCAUGCGCUAGUAAAAGGCCAGAUCUAUUCAAAAUUGCCAUCUUAGAUAAUCCAUUAACAGAUAUGCUUCGUUAUUAUAAAUACUCAUCAACAGGUCGAUGGAUUAAAGAGUACGGCAAUCCAUAUCAUGAAGAGAUGUUUAAUGCAUUGUAUAGUUAUUCACCAAUUCAUAAUAUACCAAAUCUGUCCACAUCAAAAUCAUGCUACCCGGCAGUGCUUAUACUUUCAGAUUUUAAGACAGCAAAUGUAGAAUAUAUACAUUCAUUGAAAUUAUUAGCUGCAUUACAAAAUGAAGUAAAUGGUAUACCUUCAUCAGAACAAACGUAUUGUAUGCUUGCGUGGCUAAAAACUGACGGUAAACAUAAGAUUGAUAAAGUCACAAGUAUGUGGGCAUUUGUUCAAAUUAUUUUAUCACUCAAGUGGCAUAUGAACUCCAAAGAUUUGAAGAUAUCCAGAAAGUUAUCAAUUGACAGAAAGUAA